AUGGCCGAGACAUCAACAUCGGCAGCGGCUCACAACGAAGCGGGGCCAUCAAACGCAUCUUCAACGUUCAUCGAAUCGUCCACCGCAUACCAGAUCGGCAGGUCUGAACGCAACGCCGCAUCAGACGAUGACGAGGACGAUGACAACGACGACGAGAAGCUCUUCGCGGAGCUCGAUAAGGAGCUCGACAUGAUGGAGGACGAAUCCAACUUCAACCACGACGGUGAGGACACGGUAGCCGGCUUCGACAUGGCCGAGUUCAGGGAGCGAAGAAUGGAGGAGCUCCGGCAAGAGAUCGCUGCACACAAAUCCGCCUCAGAUCCAAGCACCUCUCUCAACCUCGCACAACACACCUCGACCGCCUCGAUGAAAGGCCUCUUGACCGAGAUCACCAACGAAAAGGACCUCAUCUCGUUCUCCUCCACGGAACGCCAGGUUGCGAUCCACUUCUUCCAUCCCAAGUUCCCGCGCUGUGCGCUGCUCGAUCGCCAUCUCACCGUCCUGGCGCGCCUCCAUCCGACGACGCUCUUCCUCAAAGCAAACGUGCUCAAUUGCCCCUUCCUUACGGCCAAGCUCAAGGUCUCCGUCCUGCCGUGUUUGAUCACGUUCAAGGACGGAGUGAGUAAGGACAAGAUUAUCGGCUUCGAGGAGCUAGGGAACUCAGACAAAUUCUCGACAGGCGCGCUCGAGUGGCGCUUGGGCCAGAGUGGCAUUAUAGACCCCAGAGAGAACAGGAAGCCGAUACUGGGCUUUGCAGAGCAGAAUGCAGCAUCGGAUUCCGUCGGGAGAGGCGUGGUCGGCGCGAGGAAGGAAGAGGAGGAUGAUUUUUGGGACGACGAGUGA